AUGUCUUCUGCGGCCACUGCUGCGGCCGACGGAGAACGCGCGCACCCGCGGAGCGUGCCCGCCAUCCGCCACCCCAAUCUCCUGGCCGGCUCUGGCAUCCCGCGCCCAGAUUGCAUGUGCUUUUCUGGCACUUCUUCCGAGCUUCCCACAGCGGAAGCGCACGUCGAUACUGACACUGUUGUCGGCCAGAACUUCGCUUCAUAUCUGAACCUGGAUGGGGUCCGGGGCAUCGGGCGGGACACGGCUCGCUAG